AAAAUGAAAGAGCAACGGUCGGAAGAGUCGUCAGGAGGCGCGUGUAGCGAGAUAAUCGCAGCUGGGCUCGCCUCGGAUUCCGUUUACGGCCCUAUUGUCAGGGAUGCCUGACAGCUGGGGAGCCGAGUCGACGACGGACACACCGGCAGACCCGGGUCCCGACGGCGCAGGCUGAACGGGUUGAGCCAGUUGAACCACUCCGAACGAGGAGCGGCCGGAGGCCAUGGGAGAAGCGGCGCAGUGCCCGAGCGCCCAGGGCUUGUCCCAGUUGCUGGCGGUCAUCUUCGUCAUCGGGGCCGUGGCCGGCAUAGGUGUCCUCGCCCUGCCGCACGCCAUGAACGAGACCGGCUGGUCCGGCACCGCCAUUAUUGUGGUGUGCGCCCUGGCUUCCGGCUACUGCGGCUCAAGGUUAGGCCUGUGCUGGAUCAUCUUGGAGGAGCGCUGGCUCGAGUACCGGGAUGCCAACAGGAACCCGUACCCGUGCAUCGCCUUCCGGGCCUACGGCAAGCCCAUGAAGAUAGCUAUGUCGCUGAUCCAGCUGGUCGGCCUAUUCGGCUACGGCGCUGUGUUCCUGCUGCUGGCGGGUGAGCUGAUCAGCGACGUGACCCGGCAGCUGUCCCACGAUGCCCUUGACUGGUCCAUCUGCUACUGGCUCAUCAUCAUUGCCGUCGUCCUCGCGGGCCUCAUGUGGCUUGGUACGCCUAAAGACUUCGGGUUCGCCGCGUUCGGAGCCUUGGGCGCCACCCUGUUGGCGUCCUUUAUGGUGGUGGGCGUCUGCUGCUCCCGGGUGCUUGCCGGCACGGCGGCGGGGCCUCGCCGCAGCGAGCUGAGUGUAGAAGGCUUCUUUCGAGGAUUCGGCACCAUCAUGUUUUCGUACGGCGGCGCGGCCAUGUUCCCCACGGUCCAGAACGACAUGAAGGACAGGUCACGGUUCUCAGGGGCCGUCGUCUACGCCACCAUCGCGCUGGUGCUCUUGUAUCUGCUGAUGAGCCUGAUGGGGUUCCUGACUUUCGGUAGUGACGUCAAGGCCAACAUCCUGCUGUCCAUCGGAGAUGGCGUGACCAGCAUUGUUGUUCAAUGCCUGUUUAUUGUGCACCUCCUUUGCGCCUUCCUCAUCGUCAUCAACCCCAUGUGCCAGGAGCUCGAGGAGCAUAUUGGCGUCCCACCUGAGUUCACGUGGAAGCGGGUGGCGUUGCGGUCAUUCUUGAUGCUUGCCGUGCUGGUGGUGGCUGAGUCGGUGCCGCACUUCGGCAAGGUACUUCCGCUGGUCGGCUCGCUCCUGGUGGGACUGACCACCUUUAUCCUGCCCUGCGUCUUCUACUACAAGCUGUGCAGCGACACAAAACGGGAGUGGCCAGAGAGGAAGAUACCGCUCUGGGAGAAGUCGGUGCUCGUGGAGAUUGUGAUCGUUGGAGUGAUCGGGACCGUUGCUGGCACGGUGUCCUCGGUCAAGGACUUGCUGGCUCCCGGCUCGUUCGCCCUGCCAUGCUUCAUUAGCACGGAUGUGGUCCUCUGAUGUCUUCGGAGCUCGGACGUAGCGCACUGGAGUGACCACGGAUCAUUCUCGGACGCCCGAUGCCCAAAGAACUGCUCGAGAGCCGCUCGGGCCACAAACGGCUACUGUACUUCGUUUCACAAGACCAUAGCAAACGCUUCGACGAGACCGACCGAGCGGCGCUAAAAAAGCACGACGUCACAACAAUCGUCGUUCAUUUUGUGCGUUUCUUCUCACAAACACGACCACUAAAGAGCAGAGACUA